AUGAUACAAAGAUAUCAGAGCUUUCGCCGCGACGUGGCGACCAAGAAGCUUUUUCCCGAGUUUCAGCAACUGCGUGCCUGGCACUUCCGCUACAUCCUGGGGAGCUGGCACUCAGACGGUGAUCUGGCAUGGUCACGUGAUCACGUGGAGGGGCAAUACAGGCAGCCCGAUGCCAUUGGCAGAUCUGCCCGCAUGGUCAAAUACAAGCCUUACAACGACAAGGGCGUGAGCGUGCAAGAAGGGCUACGUUUCUACGACGGGCAGAUUGCCACCAUGCCUGUUAUCCUGGACUAUGGAGGCAGGUCGUUGUUCAGUAUUACUAUAAUAAGGGUAUAG